ACAACGUCAAAGCAAAAAAUCUGGAGCGAAACUAUAGUCAAAUUAAGGUUUUUACCAAUAAUAAUGAAUGAAAAUGUGAAAAUUAUAACUAAGAAACGUUUUUUGAAUGCAUAUUAAUGAUUUGUAAUACAUUUUUGGGAUAAAAAAUCUAGUUUUUAAGCAAAUAAUGAAGCGUUAAAAUCGUGUAUGUGUUCAGAUAAUAAAUUAGUAUUAAACUGUUGAUGUUUUAGACUGUUUGUUGAUUAGUCUUCCUAUUAAAUAUUUGUACAUAUCUGUAGUAUUUUCGAAAAGUUGUGCUGUAGGUUGUGUCCGAGGAAAAUUGAAGAAUUCACUCGCGCUAUCAAAGAAUACAUAAUGCGUUAUAAGAGGCGUACUUCCCAAGCCACGAGGACAUCUCGACAUUCCGACAAGAAGUAUACUAUACAAUUGGACCUGGAUUACCUGGAGCGAGGCGGUGGGGGUACCCUGACAGUGGGAGGGGCUCCCAGCCUGGAGCCAAGUCCUGACAGCCUUGACCUCGUCAAAGUGGUGUUGCUCGGAGCACCCGCUGUUGGAAAAACUAGCAUUAUACAGCAAUUCGUGUGGAGCGAUUUCUCAGAGGAAUACGUGCCGACAGAUCGAAAACACACCUUUUACCCUUCGGUGAUCAUCAACGAGCAUCUUUACGAAGUUAAAAUCACAGAUGUACCAGUAAUACCGUACUUUCCGAUAAACUCUUACUACGAGUGGGCUCAUUACCGCUUUUAUGGGCUCAGAAGUGCUACUGCCUACAUUCUAGUCUUUGACUUGUCUAAUGUGGAAACUUUCCAGUAUAUACGAACUUUGAGAGACCAAAUGGUCGAAAGUCGGGACAUGAGGAACGUUCCAGUGUUAGUAGUGGGCAAUAAACAGGAUCUUCUGUGUAGUAACACUCCGUCUGCCGCCAGUGGAUUGCAGCAACUCGCUAUAGCAGAAAGUGCUUGCGGAGACUCAAGAGAGAAGAGAAGAAAUAUCGUGAAUUUAGUUCGUAAGCACUGGAAGUGUGGUUACGUUGAGUGUUCAGCUAAGUACAAUUGGAGAGUGAUAGCUGUGUUUAAGGAACUCAUGGAAAUGAUUGACGCUCUCGAGUGGAGUGGUGGUGGAAGAAGCUCAGAACCACCUCCCGACACCUCAGCCGGUGGGAGUACUCACGAAAACCGGUGCGUGAUUGCUUAGCACGAUUAACUUCUUAAAAGUUUAAACCUCGAUUAUUCUAAUUGAACCGAAAAAACGGGUCUCCAAUGAAGUCCUUUACGAGAUUACUUUGGGCCAUAAAUCUUUGUUUAUCUAAUCCCUUUUAAUUAAGUAACGGAGGCUGCGCAGUCCUGGCCUAUUCAUCUAUUUUAAGGUUUUAUAAUUGACCAUUUUAGUUCGAGGUCUAAGAAAGUUCUGCAGCUUCAUCAGUUUAGAAACUUGCACUUGUAAAAGUUUUGCUGGCGUGGCUUCGUUUGUGGGAAAUCCAAUCUAGGCCUUGUUAAUUGGUCCAUAUUUUAUGUCACUUUGGACAAUUUUGAUGCGCUGGCUUUUCUGAAGUUUUCCAUUUUUAUUGCUCCUCAAUCCUUUGGUUGUUUGUUUUUUUUCAGUAUCCCAUUUGAGAACAGCGGACAGGAUAAUAAUUUCUUUGUUGAUAUGAAAGAUAAUGUUUUUUUUUUUGGUUCUAUUAAAAUAAUCGAGAGCCGUAUGUCUCAACGCACAGAAUUUAGAAGUAAAGAAAGCUGUUAAUAAGCGGAUGUUUAAAUGUUUCCCAAAGGUUGUAGUUAAUUAAUAUUGUUGCAUAAUUACAUAUUCCGAUUGCUGAUACCAAUAAUACGUUUAAUUAUGUAUUCGUUUAAUUAGUAAUUUAUGAAGUUAUUGAUCAAUUCCCCAAUUUUAAUGAAUAAUUAAUUGCAUGUUGAUCCGUACUCGAAUGAUUGCAGAAUUAAUAAAGUUCAAAUUGAGUGUUUUUGCAAAUAUUCUUUAUUGGAUAAAAUUUUAUAUAGGUACAUAUUAUCCAGUCUCAUUUGAUGAUUCAAUAUUGAACUCAUUAUGAUACAUACGCCUUUUUAAUUCUUUAGACACUGUUUUCAGAGUACAAGCUUACAAUUGUUUUUCUAUAAAAACCUUAAAAGCAAUUCUUUCUAGAUCGACAUCAGAAUUAAAAAGGCUCUCUCGAAUGUAACAUUAUUUACCAAUUACAAACGGGAAAAUACCAUUUAUAUUGGCUUUCACGAUAGAGUGACACAAAUGUAAUUACGUUUACAUCAUGAAACGAAAUUGAUAUCGGUAAAAACAGAUUAAACAGAAUUUGCAAUUAUUUGCUUUGUUCGCGACCCUGUUUAUCAAAAUGGACGGACAUUUAUUAUAUCGGACUAUUUAUGGAGUAAAGUACACAUUAGCGGUUUGGUUUUUAGUUCCUGAAAUAAUUUGGUCAUCGAUAAAAUUAUGUUUUGGUAGACCAAAAUAUCAUCAUCGGCCUAGCCUUUUCCCAACUAUAUUAGGGCUUUCCAGUAACCCAACACAACACCCCUUGGUAAGACUGGUUGUCAGACUUACUGACUUCUAACUACUCGUAACGACUGCCAAAUACAUUCGAUGACAGCCGGGACCUACUACUUUUACUUUCUGAUUUUGGUAGACUGAGAGUAAUAUUCAAUGAUAAAAAUUAUUAGUCUUCUAAAAUCUCUUCUGUGUUUAAUUAUUUCAUGUUAUCAAAAAAAUUUAAUUCCAUCUGCCCACAAUUCGCCCUUCUAACAAUAUGUAAGCUUUAAAACUUAUAUUCGUGUAUUAAAUUUAUUUCAGGGUACUUUUACACUUUUCUACUAACACUUCUAUGUCUAGUUACUGUUUAGAAUACCUGUAAUUAUAUAAGUUGUGAAUAUUGUGUGUACAAUGAUAGACUAAAGUCGCACUCCCAAUAUUCAACUGAUCUUACUCGAAAUAGGAAUUUGACCGUACUUAUAUGGGAAUAAUACCAAAAUUCUAUCUCUUAAAAGUCUGCGUCAGGAUCGUUCUUCGAUCCUCUCGAAAUACAAAUAAAGAGUUGCUACCUAAUUGCUACCAGCCACCAUUAGUUGCUAACAAUUGCUACCCUCGAGGUUUUGAAGAUAUUCGGCAUCUGAAGGUGCCAGCCAUUAAAAUAUCAGGAUGGCUGUCACUUUUCCCAGUGUGAAGAAACGGCGCAAAAGUAUUGAGUUUUUCUUUCACCCAGAGUUGCUACCUAAUUGCUACCCUCCAGAAUUAAAUUCUUCAGAAUUAACUCUCUAUAUGUAUUUCGAGAGGAUCGGCGAGUUGUGACAGGGAUCCUGACGCAAACUCUUAAAAGCAGAUCAAGAUAUGGAUAGAAUAUUGAGAACGGGCGUAAAGCAUGUUUAACCGAUUCAUUGAGUACUGUAAAAGAGAGAUUAAUCAUGACUGUACCUACUAUAAUACGUUAUAGAUGAUGAUGUGUUUUGUCGUAUCAUCUCUUAUGAAAAUAUACUGACUCGUAUCUACAAUAGUGCAAGAUCGUAUCUCGAAGGAUUAAUUACUUAAAUUAUUUGGAAAAUAUACCUGUGUGGAAAUAAGAUUUUUUCUAGUCCUAGAUAUUACUCUGUGUUGUGCUUUUUACCUAUGUGCUUCCUCUGUCGUUGUUUAUAGAGAUUUCUUUAUUAGUAUUAGUAUCAAUUCACAAAUGUAUAAAGAAUCUAUUUACAAUUUGUUGCGUUUUAAUAGUCGUUAGAAUAUUUUGUACGAUUUUAUGGAAAUGUGUGGGUGGGUAUGUAAAAUGAGAAACGCUAAGCGAAUUUUCUGAACAAUUUUGUUAUUUAACUUAAAAGUGUAAUACCUAUUGUUAUUUUGUUAUCAUUGUUGAAUUUUACGCAUACUUUAAUAACAAAUAUUUAAAUCAUAGGCUUAGAUCACAUUUUUAACCGACUUCGAAUUUAGUCGCAAAACUGCUAUGUUCACUAAAUGUAAUUGUGAUUAUUAAACUUAACUUCCACUACCUACUGUUUUGAAAGAAGCGUUGGUAGAGUCGUAUUCAAAACAUAUUUAUUUCUAAAACGUAUUUAGUGAAAAGAUAUGCAAUUCAUUAUCACAUUAGCGUUUCUCAUUUUUAUACACACUCAAAAAUAUCAUUUUUAAAACAAGAUACUUAUAAUGAUUGUAAAUUAAAAUUUGCUGUGUGAGAAUAGGAUAGGUAGCAACUAGUUAUUUAUUGUUAAUUAAUAUAAAUAAUUAAUUAUUGACAAUUUAGAAAACUGUAUUUAUUUUCUUUUUUCUUUGGUACACAUUCCAUGAUUUAGUAACAUAACAAUAUUUUUCCUAUAGUUAUCGGCACAAAUCUUGAGAAAUUUAUUGGGUCCCUUUUGUGGUAUGAAAUGAGGCGCGAGGGCGGGCUAAAGCGGUGAUUGGCCCGCAGCGCAUCGCGUCAUAACCGUCACUCGGGAUUGGUUCUUUGCUAAUAAAUCACUUUUGCGCAGAUGUAGGUCAGAGCUCAAGAUUCGUGCCGGUAACUAUAUGUAUUUGGUAAAAAUUCAUUUUUUUUUGUGUGUGCAGUAAUAUUUCUGAUUGUCCAUAGUGGCCAAAAUUGUAAAGUAUUGCAGUGUGACCCGUAAGUGUAAGUUUAGGUAUCGUUAUACAAAUGUUACACGGUGCAAUAAAAACGUUGUGAACGAUUUUAUAA